AUGAGCGACACGCUGGUCAGGAAAGCUGUCCACGAGAUGCAAUACUCGUGUGCUGCAGAAUGGAUCACGGCGAUCUUCGAUAGCGACCUUACCGCCGCCUCAGAACUGAUCCUAGCGCAAUGUGAACAGCUGGAGAGUCUGACGGUAGACAACGAAUUCGUCCUGCUGGGAGCCAAGUGGCUGACGGCGGUCUUCCGCCAUGGUCUGAAGAACGACACUCGCCCCCCGACGUUCGGCAACCUCACAAAGCUUGACGUCACCUGCUAUUAUAGGUGGGAUGUUUCUCACUAUUGGGAUCAAAUUCCGAAAGAGCUCGUCAUGCUGUCCUUGUAUCUGCCCAAGAUCAAAAGUCUGCGUCUGGGGAGAGCUCCUCGCAUCGAGGCCUGGGAUGAAGACGCUCAACGCUUCGACGUCGCAUGGCCGUUUCCUGCGCCUCCCAAUGCGGCGAGUCUGACGAGCCUACGUCUCGAUUGCUCGGUGGCAACUUUCAGCAGCAUCGAAGCAUUGCUAAAGCGAACACCGAGUCUCAGAUCCCUCUACUUGGACAGCUUCAUUCCCGAGUUGUAUGUCCAGGAUACAACUGUUCUGCGGCAGGCACUCCGUCAUGUACGGAGCACGCUGCUGCGUUUGACAGUCAAAUAUAAUAUUAGCGACGAAGACUACCCCGAUGCUGUCAACUUGGGCGUCUUAGUCAAGGGAAGAUUCGACUCUCUCCGAGACCUCGAGGUGCUAGAAGAGCUGAACAUCCCUCUAUGCGUCUUCUACGGCCAGGACAGAGAUUUGGCAGCGCUGCCGUUACUGUCAGAGGUUUUGCCCCGGAAGCUCAAGCGCCUCACUAUCAACGACAGUUUGUGGGACUUCGUCGCCUUUGAAGAAUGUCCGAGCCAGGUCUACGUGCCGCUUCUGGGGCCGUUCCUGGGCGGCGGCUGGAAAACUGGGACUCCGGAGCUGCAGGAGUUUGCGUUGGACGCGAGAACGAUAAGCCAUGAAUAUGGUGACGAGUUCGCGCGCAGCAUGCGGAGACUGCGCAAUGUUUGCGAGGAACAAGGGCUGAAGUGGAGUCUUCCUGGCCACAUUGAUCUUGAGGGUGAUGAAGAAGAAGACAACGGCGAUGACGAUGAUGAUGAUUCUUUGUAUGAAUGGUUCUGA